AUGCAAGACAUCAACAGAACCACUCUGACACCACCCUCAUUCAUUCUAAAUGGGAUUCCAGGAUUAGAGGACAUGCAUGAUUGGAUCUCUCUUCCAUUCUGCACCAUGUACGUGGUAGCCAUGGUAGGGAACUGUGGCCUUAUCUACCUCAUCUGCUAUGAGGAUACACUGCAUCGGCCUAUGUACUACUUCCUGGCCAUGCUCUCUUUGUCUGAUAUUGUUAUGUGCACCACUACUCUCCCCAAUGCAUUCUGUAUCUUCUGGUUCAAUCUCAAAGUAAUUAACUUCAAUGCCUGUCUGGCACAGAUGUUCUUUGUCCACACAUUCACUGUGAUGGAAUCUGGGGUCCUUGUGCUCAUGGCUCUGGACCGCUAUGUGGCCAUCUGUUAUCCUUUGAGAUAUACCACCAUUCUUACCAACUCCAUCAUCACCAAGGCUGGGAUCAUGAACUUAUUUCGGGGUGUGAUGAUCGUCUUCCCAAUUCUUGUCUUUAUCAAGCAGCUGCCCUACUGUCAUGGGAACACCAUUCCCCACACUUAUUGUGACCACAUGACCGUGGCCAAAGUCUCAUGUGGCAACAUCAAGAUCAAUGCUAUUUAUGGUGUGACAGUUGUCAUCCUAAUCGGAAGUUUUGACAUCAUCUGCAUUACAGUCUCCUACACCAAGAUUCUCCGGGCUGUUGUCAGCCUGUCAUCAGCUGAUGCACGACAGAAAGCAUUUGGGACAUGCACAGCUCACAUUGGUGCCAUUGUCUUUUCAUAUGCCCCUGCUUUCUUCUCCUUUCUAACCCAUCGAUUUGGGAGCCAUACUAUUCCCCCUUCUAUUCAUGUCAUUGUAUCCAACCUUUACCUGAUCCUACCCCCUACCAUGAACCCUAUUAUCUAUGGUGUGAAAACAAAACAAAUCCGAGAGUGUGUUUUAAGGCUCUUUUCAGGAUCAAAGGAGAAAUCUCAUAGUAUUUCCUUAAAAAUCCACUAG